AUGGUAAGCGUCGCUAGGUCGUACUACAGGUUCUGGCGCGUUAGGGCAGGUGGCUCUGACGAGGAAAAAAGUGUAAAGAAUAGGGGUGAUGAAAGAGAUUCCAGUGGGACUCCUGUUGUUAAUGAUCCUAAGGAUGAGCGCGCAUUGCCCACACGUGAAGGGAACUUUUCUUUUACUUUAGCUAUAGUGCGAAGAGAAAAAAAGGAAAAAACUUUAAAAAAUCAACUUCAAAGUGUGUAUGGUUCAUCAACCCCCCUUAAGCCCUUUCAAGAAGUGCCUUCUUUAAUCAACCUUCAAAUAACAGCUACUUCAUAUGAUUGUUACGAAAAUCUGUUACAAAAAUAUCAUGACUUUCAUAUUAUUUAUAACCAUCUGCAAAAAUAUAACUAUUGUCGUCUUGAAUUUGAAGUCAACGCUGUAGCCCUUGAAAGUUGCUCGAGACUUAAAAAUCAAAAGUUUGAUGCAGUAGUUUUUAACCAUCCUCAUCUUGGAAUUGAGGACAGUCAACUUAACGGCGCUUUAAUAUCGCACUUUUUUUACGCAAUAAAAACUUUUCUUAAACCAGAAGGUCAAAUUCAAAUAGCUUUACUGAACUCUCAAAGCGAACGCUGGGAUUUAAUUAACCCUGCUGAAUCACAGGGGUUUCUGCUACUUGACAAAAGUCCCUUUAAUAAACAUCUUUGCCAUUAUGGAUAUCAAGCCAAACGCAGUAAUUACGGCCAGUCUUUUCAAAAUGUUCAUACGCAGAGGCACAUGAACUGUGAACAGGAAAGUAUUGUUUACGUCUUUAUUCCUAGAAGCUUCCCCCAAAGUGAAAUUCUCUUCUCAUUUUUACUUUCAUUUAGGUCGUCUAAGAGCAGUAGCAGUAGUGGAAACACAGAACUUGAAGAACUUGAGUGUAGCCAAUGCGGAAAACGCUUUAAAAACGCACGUGGCCAAACCACACACUUCCAUCAAGUUCAUAAACUGGAGUUAUACGAGCGCGAUCGGCUUGAUUCAAAAGUGUGCCGCUACUGUGAGCCGCAUAGACGCUUUAAUAGUCAGUCCGCAUACAAUAACCACCAAAUAGCUAAACAUUUAGCUUAUAAUGACGAAGUUGAGGGACAGGCUAUUAGUUACCCCUCGCAUAGUCAGGGUUAUAAAAAAUGUGAUAUAUGUUUGCUUGAUAUCACUAGUCAAGACGAAGAGGUGCUCCAUGUUAGACUCUUAGAACCACGCAUCCAAUGGCAUAACUGCUCCUCUUGCGGAAAAAUAUUUUCAAACCAACGCCCCUGUCGCCAGCAUUAG